AUGGCAUCGCAGGGCUUCUGGUCUCUUGGAGCGGAUGAUGCGGGGGCCAACACCGGCAGCCAGAGCCCCAGCACAACCAGGGCUUGGUGCCAAGCGGCGGCCCAGAAAUUAUCCGGAGGAAUUGGAUCGAAAUUAUGUGCGCUGCUAAAUGUCGGGGAGGUGGAGAAAGCCGCGGAUCCGGCCGCCAAGCAGCCGCCGGAGACAGAGGCUGCCGGCUCGUGCGGCUCCUGCGGCUGCAACAAAUCCUGCAACUGCACCAAAGCUCCCCUGGUCUUCUCAGACCUCUAUUCAACAGACCUGCUGCCGGCCCUGGACAGCGACGCCAAAACGAUGACCUUCCUGCAGGAGGUCGUGGAUAUUUUGCUGGCCUACAUCGUGGAGUCCUUCGACCGCGAUACCAAAGUGAUCGAUUUCCAUUAUCCGAACGAGCUGCUGCAGAUGAACAACUGGGAGCUGCAGGGCGAGCCGGCCUCGCUGGACGACAUCCUGGUCAGCUGCCGCGCGACCCUCAAAUACGCCAUCAAGACAGCCCACCCCAGGUACUUCAAUCAGCUCUCCACGGGAUUAGACAUGGUGGGCCUGGCAGCCGAUUGGCUGACGUCCACUGCCAACACCAAUAUGUUCACCUACGAGGUGGCUCCUGUCUUUGUGCUGCUGGAGUACGUCACUCUGAAGAAGAUGAGGGAGAUCAUCGGCUGGCCGGAUGGGCGAGGAGAUGGCAUCUUCUCUCCUGGUGGUGCUAUUUCCAACAUGUACGCCAUGCUGCUGGCCCGCUUCAAGAUGUUCCCCGAAGUGAAGGAGAAAGGAAUGUCAUCCGUUCCCCGACUGGUGGCCUUCACGUCCGAACACAGCCAUUUCUCCAUCAAAAAGGGAGCGGCGGCUCUCGGCAUCGGGACGGAGAGCGUGAUCUGCAUCAAAGUGGACGAAAGUGGCAAAAUGAUCCCAGCUGACCUUGAGAGGAGAAUACUGGAGGCGAAACAGAAGGGCUUCGUUCCAUUCUUUGUCAGCGCCACGGCCGGAACAACCGUGUACGGAGCCUUCGACCCUCUCAUCGCCAUCUCCGACGUCUGCAAAAAGUACAACGUCUGGAUGCACGUGGACGGUGCGUGGGGAGGAAGUCUCCUCAUGUCCCGGAGACACCGGUGGAAGCUGGAUGGAGUUGACAGGGCCAAUUCAGUAACAUGGAACCCGCACAAGAUGAUGUCUGUCCCUCUGCAGUGUUCAGCCCUGCUGGUCCGAGAGGAGGGUCUGAUGCAGAACUGCAACCAGAUGCACGCCUGCUACCUGUUCCAGCAGGACAAACACUACGACCUGUCCUACGACACCGGGGACAAAGCCAUGCAGUGCGGACGCCACGUGGACAUCUUCAAGCUGUGGCUCAUGUGGAGGGCCAAGGGCACCAUCGGGUUCGAGGCUCAGAUCGACAAGUGCCUGGAGCUGUCGGAGUACCUCUACAACAAGAUCAAAGACAGAGAAGGAUACGAGAUGGUCUUUAAUGGGAAACCUCAGCACACCAACGUCUGCUUCUGGUACCUCCCUCCUGCGAUCCGCUACAUGGAGGACAACGAGGAGAGAAAGAAACACUUGCACAAGGUGGCUCCAGUGAUAAAGGCCAGGAUGAUGGAGUACGGGACAACCAUGGUCAGCUACCAACCGCAGGGAGACAAGGUCAACUUUUUCCGCAUGGUGAUCUCAAACCCCGCGGCGACCUUCGAGGACAUCGACUUUCUUAUCGAGGAGAUCGAGCGACUCGGCCACGAUCUAUAA